AUGAAAAUUUGGACUUCGGAGUACACAUUCAACCAUCCUUGGGAAACAGUUGCACAAGCAGCAUGGAGAAAAUAUCCAAAUCCUAUGAAUACAGCUGUUAUAGGUACAGAUGUAGUAGAGAGAAAAGUUGUCGAUGGAAUUUUACAUACUCACAGGCUGGUUUCUUCUAAAUGGCUUUUUCCAAGUUGGGCUCAACCUUUUGUAGGCUCUACAAAUGUCUGCUAUGCUAGUGAGCUUUCCCAGGUAGAUCCUAAAAACAAAGAAAUGAUUUUGAAGACAAGAAAUCUUAGCUUAUGUAAUUAUAUAGCAGUUGAUGAAACUGUGAGGUAUAUACCUCAUCCAUCAGAUCCUGAAAAAACGUUAUUAAAGCAGGAAGCUGUAGUUACAGUUCAAGGAAUGCCUCUAACUAAUUAUGUCGAAGAUGUUAUGACAAAUAGGAUAUCAUUAAAUGCGGGAAAAGGACGACAAGCAAUUGAAUGGGUCAUAUCGAAAAUAGAAGCCGAAGUUCAAGAACUAAAAAACUCUGCUGUAAAAAGCACAGAUGAGAUAAUUCAUCAAACAAAAAAGUCAAUCGAUGAUUUUACAAAUUCUGCAAAAAAAUCAAUGGAUGAAUUAUCUUCGGCGGCAAAAAAAUCUUUCGAUUCCUUUACUAGCCCUCCUAAUCAAAAACUACCUAAAUUUUAG